CAUUACUCUCUCACCCGUCUUUCCCCACUCCUUAUUUUUCCUUCACCCCCCACCCCCAUCCCACACACAAACAUUAUUACAUUAACAUAAGCAAAAACUAUUCUUGAAACCUAAGCUUGUUUGCAUUCAUAUAUUCAUAUCAAGAUGGCCUCCGCCUGCAUAUCAACUUGCGUUAACGACAUCGCCAGAGCACCGGUAAGAGCCACAUAUAUAAACCUCUAUAAAUGGCCGGAAUCCGACGCCGAGUUCAUAAAAUCAGUCAGCAAAAGAAUGAACCACGUGAAUACCGACGGGUCCAUUAAUCAUCAACCAAAGCCAAAGGUUGUGGACAGCAUUUCAUGCAGGCAAUUAUACUUAAGAAGCUACACUUUUUCAAGAGAAGAUAACGUUAAUGAGAAAACAGUACUGAAUUGCUAUGGAAGAGUGAAAGAUGGGGUUGGUGGAGGGGGUCGUAGAAGAAAGAAAAAAGCUCGUAAUAUUGCCGGUAGUAAUAAUUCAAGUGGUGGCCGGAGGAGUAGCAGAAGAAAACGUAAAGCUGGUUUUAGAAGGGCUAAGGAGAUAUCAUGCGCUGCUUUGGCUUCCAUUUUCCGACGACUAUUAUCUUGCACAACUAAGGUUGAUGUGGUUGGUUAACGCUAAAUUAAUUGCUUACUUAUUUGAAGACUUUUCCUUCAUUUUCUUCCAUGUUUUAUUUCAUUUUCUCUUUUCUACUUUGGCCUUUGAGCUUUUACUUAAACAGCUAGCAUGUUGUUUGCAUAUAUGGAACCGAAUAUUAUGGUAAUGUAUGGAUUAUUGAUCGGAUUUAAUACAAGAAUGUUAUUUUUGUGGUA